GAGGGGUGCGCCUACUCGGGGUGCGCUGGUACUUCCUGGAGGCAGGUGGGCCGCUUUCAGUUGCGCAGUGGACCGGCGGUCUUUCCGACGCUGAUUGCUAGGCCCGCGUCUGCAGUGACCGUGGCUUGAAGCUUCUCAGCUCAGGUGUGGCGGGCUUGCCGCGCAGCAGUUAGAUUUGGAGCGCUUUGGGUUGCUGAGUCACUUUCUUUAGUCGUUUAGGGAAACCGAAAGUGGAAACUCGUGGGGCCUGAAAUUGUGUGUGUGAGUGAAGGGUUUGGGCGACAGUUAGCCUCUUGAGGACCACUGAGGCAAGGCGGCUUGAGAGUCUAAGGUCUGAGACGCCGCUUUCCAAGGAGCCCCUUUGCAGUUCCUGGGGUGCUGCUGCCUCACGGGGAUUCUCUGUCUUUCCUUCGAGUGUAGUGAUGGACCGCUCUGUAUGAGUCCCUGGAGCCUUCUCAGAACUGUAUGACCUGUCAGCCUCUACAUUCUCUCCUGAUGGAAGAGUUUUUCAAGUUGAGUAUGCUAUGAAGGCUGUGGAAAAUAGUAGUACAGCUAUUGGAAUCAGAUGUAAAGAUGGCGUUGUCUUUGGGGUAGAAAAAUUAGUCCUUUCUAAACUUUAUGAAGAAGGUUCUAACAAACGACUUUUUAAUGUUGAUCGGCAUGUUGGAAUGGCAGUAGCAGGUUUGUUGGCAGAUGCUCGUUCUUUAGCAGACAUUGCGCGAGAAGAGGCUUCCAACUUUAGAUCUAACUUUGGAUAUAACAUUCCACUAAAACAUCUUGCAGACAGAGUGGCCAUGUAUGUACAUGCCUAUACACUCUACAGUGCUGUUAGACCUUUUGGCUGCAGUUUCAUGUUAGGGUCUUACAGUGUGAAUGAUGGUGCACAACUCUACAUGAUUGACCCAUCGGGUGUUUCAUAUGGUUAUUGGGGCUGUGCCAUUGGAAAAGCCAGACAAGCUGCAAAGACAGAAAUCGAAAAGCUUCAGAUGAAAGAAAUGACCUGCAGUGAUGUUGUUAAAGAAGUUGCAAAAAUAAUUUACAUAGUACAUGAUGAAGUUAAGGAUAAAGCUUUUGAACUAGAGCUCAGCUGGGUUGGUGAAAUAACUAAUGGAAGACAUGAAAUUGUUCCAAAAGAUAUAAGGGAAGAGGCAGAGAAAUAUGCCAAGGAAUCUUUGAAGGAAGAAGACGAAUCAGAUGAUGAUAACAUGUAACAUUUACUUCAUUUACUUCUAUUUAACUAUUUAGCCCUUUGGAUUAAUACAUACCCACUGACCACCUUUCAUUAAAUCUUUGCCUUGUAA